AUGCAUCUGAGAGGAAACAGGCUUUUGGAAACCAUCGAUAGUUCAAAAAUGGUGUCGGAUGAGAAAAAGGCAAAAGCCAUGAUAUUUUUACGACACCACAUCCACGAUGGUUUAAAGGAUGAAUAUAUUACAAAAGAGGAUCCUUGUGACCUCUGGAAAUCUUUAAAAGAGAGGUUCGAUCAUCAGAAAUAUGUGAUCUUACCGGAAGCUAAACACGAGUGGAUCCAUCUCCGGUUCCAGGAUUACAAAAGUGUUAGUGAGUUUAAUUCCGCGAUGUUAGGAAUUACUUCGAGGAUAAUGUUAUGUGCAGAGAAAAUAAUUGAUUAUGAUAUGAUCGAAAAAAUUCUCUCUACGUUCCAUCCUGAAAAUGUAAUCAUGCAGCAACAGUACCAGGUGAAUGGAUAUACCCGUUACUCGGAGUUGAUGCAAGUCCUCCUUGUUGCGGAGAAGAAUAAUCAACUCGUGACUUUAAACCAUCAAGCUCGUUCCACUGGACGAGGUCAUGGACGUGGUGAAAACCGUUAUCAUGGUCGUAGAAGAGGACGAGGAAGAAAAUUUCGUCCCUAUGAUGAAAGAGAUAACAAAAACUUCCACGAAAAUGAAAAGAAUGAAAAGGGCCAGGAUGAUAAAAGGCAAACGGGAAAG